AGUGAGUGUUUUCUCAUUGCCAUAUAUAGGAGCCUGUUUAGAUAGAUCCCUGCACUUCUGAGGAGUCAUCAGUGUUCCAGCUGCAGAGCUACACAGCCCUCUCUCUCUCUGUCUCUGGUUGCUGCACUCUCUCUCUCUUUCUCUCUCUCUCCUUCUCUCCCUCUCUGUCUCUCCCCCUCUCUCUCUUUCACUUAUUAUCUCCUCCUCUGAGGGUUCCACUGAACAGGUUGAGGGAAUAUAUAAAGAGCUCGGCUUUUCCUUUUUGGAAUCACCACUUCAUCGUCAAAGAAACAACAAGCAGGGGAAAAAAACAACAACAACAAAAAAGGCUAACCCCAACUGUCUGCAAGCACAAUGAGUAACUCCAAGGGUGGACAGAUUGACAUGAUUGACGACGGGUCUUUCAUGUUCACAUCCGAGUCGGUGGGCGAAGGACAUCCAGACAAGAUCUGUGAUCAGAUCAGUGAUGCCGUCCUUGAUGCUCACCUGAAGCAGGACCCAGAUGCCAAGGUGGCCUGUGAGACCGUGUGUAAGACUGGCAUGGUGCUUCUUUGCGGUGAGAUAACAUCUCGUGCUAACGUCGACUACCAGAAGGUUGUGAGAGAUGCCAUCAAACAGAUUGGUUAUGACAACUCCGAUAAAGGGUUUGACUACAAGACCUGCAAUGUGUUGGUGGCUCUUGAGCAGCAGUCUCCUGAUAUCGCACAAGGUGUCCAUAUCGACCGGCUGGAAGAGGACAUGGGGGCAGGCGACCAGGGAUUGAUGUUCGGCUAUGCCACAGAUGAGACUGAGGAGUGCAUGCCCCUGACCAUCGUCCUCGCCCACAAACUCAACUCUAAGAUGGCUGAGCUCAGACGUAAUGGCACUAUUCCCUGGCUUCGUCCCGACUCUAAGACCCAGGUGACAGUCCACUACAAACAGGAAAAGGGAGCUGUCAUCCCUCAACGCGUCCACACAGUGGUCAUCUCUGUGCAGCACGACGACCACAUCUCACUGGAGGACCAGAAGGCGAUCCUGAAGGAGAAGGUCAUCAAGGCUGUGGUGCCCGCCAAGUACCUGGACGAUAAGACAAUCUACCAUCUGCAGCCCAGUGGUCGAUUCGUGAUCGGAGGUCCACAGGGCGACGCCGGUGUGACUGGGAGGAAGAUCAUUGUGGACACAUAUGGUGGAUGGGGUGCCCAUGGCGGGGGAGCUUUCUCUGGGAAAGACUUCUCCAAGGUGGACCGCUCUGCUGCCUAUGCCGCUCGAUGGGUGGCCAAAUCCUUGGUCAAAGCCAAACUAUGCAAACGGGUGCUGGUGCAGGUGUCCUACGCCAUUGGAGUGGCCCAUCCUCUCUCUAUCUCUGUGUUCACUUAUGGCUCCUCACAGAGGAGUGAGCAAGAGCUCCUCAAAAUUGUCAACAAGAACUUUGACCUUCGGCCAGGUGUAAUUGUCCGGGACUUGAAUCUGAAGAGGCCGAUCUACCAGAACACUGCCUGCUACGGCCAUUUUGGCAGGAGCGAGUUCUCCUGGGAGGUUCCCAAACCCCUGAAGUUCUAGAGAGGCAUUUCCUUGGCUAACACAAAACAUGACUUGUCACAGAGGAAAAAGGACAAUUGAGAGGACUUGUUUUUUUUUUUGCCCUCUUCGAUGUCUCUCCCCAUUUCUUUGACACUCAACACCCUUCCACCAGUCAUAGAGGAGAGUGAGGAAAAUGUUUUUAUUUUAUUUUCAAAAUCAUAUUCAACAAAAUAUAUCUUACCAUUUUGUUUUUGAAAUACAGUUGCUCUCAAACAUGUCCUUCUUCUGAGGAUAGAAGGUUCCAACCAAAUCACCAAACAUGCCACACCUGCAAUUGUGUGCAUGAACAGUAUCUUAAAUCAACACUGCAACUAAAACCUCAAACCAUUAGCCACCUUUCUAUGUCCCUGUCAACCAGAUCCAUUGAUAGGUAUAUAAAUAGGUAGAUGGAUUGUUUAAUAGCCACAUGACCAAUGCCGAUGGAAUUUGGUUUUUUGCUAGGCUGUGUUGUAGUCAUGUAGUCAAACUGCCUAAAGGCAGAUCAGCACAACAAAAUUUCCUUCUACCACAAUAUUGUUUCAGGGGAUAGGGAAUAGGCUGUUUACAGCCUAUUGAUAUGGUAGCACUGGCCAUGGAAUGAUGCUUUAUUUUUAGAAAGGUUUAGGACUCCAAAAGCUAGUGGGCUAUGCUAAUGCUUAACUCAAGCCAUGUAUGAUAAAAAGUCAAGAUGUAGUACUACUUAAAUGUACUACAAACUGAAAUAAUAGAAUGAUGAGUGUAUGAUGAGUGUAUGAUAGGUGUAGCGGUGUGUAAACAGACAUGAUCUUGUUACAACAUGCCAUUGUGAGUUCAGGGAAAGGGUCAAGUAGCAAUAGUCAUAGUGAACCUUUAACCAAUGCUGAUAACUGACCUGACCGGCCCAGAAACAAACAAAUCAAUGCCUCAAAGGGUCAAUUCAGGUCAUUGUCUUUUCAAGGUCAGUGUUUUUUUUUUUUGAAGAUUCGAGUAAUUUUGUUGUCCUUCUCUUUUCUCAAACAGUCUACUGUGAAACAAGCAUUUCCCACACGCACAAAACACAUUGAGACACUGAGUCAGAUUGUUCCACUGAUUAUUAUCAGUUAGUACUCAUAAUAAUAAUAAUAAUAAUAAUAAUAAUAGCAACAACAAUAUACAUCUAUAGCUUUUACACCUCUCAGAUUGACCAAGGAGCACCAUGAUCCAGUUGUGCCAUUCCUGCUCACAACAAAGUGUAAAUAAUUUGCUGCAGCCUGUGCAAAUAACUUAAAAAGCUUCUCAUUGCAAUAUCCUCACGGAUUUCUAGUUAUGACUGAAGCAAUAACUUGUCAUAUAAGCCUCGCUUCUUGCAAAUCAUAAAGUUUAAAAUAAGCAUGGUUUUUGUGAAUGAUCAGUGGCUUUACUGUUCAAAGCAUGGCGCUUUUUUGAACAUCUGUUUUUGUUUUACAAGAAUUAAAGGUGCAGUCCUCGAUUCAGUUUCACCAAAGGUUGAUACUUGAGCUCAACAGCCAAUUAAAUUAGACCCCUCCCUUCCAUGCUCCUAAAGCACCGUGUUGAUUAGAUUUUUUUAUGGAUCAGUCUGAGCCACUAUGCUUUUUUCCUAUCUACAGAGCCAGGUCUUUUUUGAGCACAAAGUCAAUUUAAUGAAUUUGACAAAAAAUGUAUCACGGGACUAGAAUCGCUAACUGUGCCUUGAAGUGUUUUUGAAUGUUUCCUAAUCCAUGUACUAGAGAGCAUACUUUCUCUGUUCCGUCUGAAUCAACAUAUAAUAUGUUAAUUAUGGUCUUAAAUGUAAUCGUAACCUUUUUUUGGUGUUACGAAGGCAACAUUAUAUCCACCCUAUUCAUUCUCUCAACAUAAAAAUAUGCAAGAUUGCUAGUUUACAUGUACAGACAGUGUUCUGGUUACAUGGAAAAGGAAUAUGUUGGAAUGCAAUAUAUUCUCAAAAUAUAUAUUUGAUACAUAUUGAUAUCUAAUAUUUUCUGCAGUGAUCAUUAUUGCACUGUGGUCCACAGCCCAGCAAUCACCUCAAAGUGUGUGUAGGCGUAUGUGUUUGUGUAUGUGGGUGAGUACAUGUGUGUGUGUGUGUAUCAUCAGGAACCUCUCUUGACAUGAUGACAGAGCCAUGAACAACACUUGGGAUGUCAUGAUUGAAUUACUUUUGUUUUAGCUUUCUGCUGUGGUGCAGUCGCAUGUCUUUCUCUGUCUUAUCACUGUCCUCAUUGUUUGAGAAUGCACUCUCAGUCUUAACGAUUCAUAAAGUAGCUUUACUAUGUAAAUAAUUUUGAACCAAUAAAAAUUUUAAAAACAA